AUGCCAUGUCAAAGUAAAAAAAUCUCAAAAGAUUCAAAUGCACCUAAAAGACCAUUAUCAGGAUAUUUCUUAUUUGCACGCGAUGAACGACUAAAAAUUAAAUUGACUCAACCAAAUAUUGCUACGACAAAAGUAAUGAAAGUAAUCGGUGAACGAUGGUCAAAUUUAGAUGUUAAUCUCAAAAAACAAUAUGUUAAGUUAUCUGCAGGAGAAAAACUUCGAUAUGAUCAAGAAAUGGCUAUUUAUCGAUGA